AUGCCAAAGAAAAGUUAAUAAUUUUAAUACCAUGUAAAGCCUCCAAAAUUUUCAUCAGUGGCUGUGAAAAUGGAAUGCGCUUCUCUGAAGCUACCACCUCCUUUGUCAUCGUCCAUCUUCAAUCUUCAGGGUUCUUCAUCACCAGUUGGUAGAAACCUUUGUACCAAAUCUUUACAUCAUAAGUUCUUGUCCUCUCCACUUCCUAAACCAUUUCUUCAACUUAACCACAGACCAAAGUACUUCCUUUACCAACCAAACUCAGCUUCUCUCUCUCCAAGAUUGUAUAGAGGGCUAAUAUCAGCACAAGCUCAAAACCAAGGUUGGGACUUGGGGAGAUUUUUGAAAACAUUUUAUUUCUUUAACGGGCUUCCGUCUCCUGCUAAGUUCUUGGAAUUUGUGAUUGAAAAACUCUCCGGUCCAUCUCCUAGUAAACCGGAAAAGAUGGAAACCUCUGGCAUUGUCUUGGUAACCGGAGCAACUGGCGGUGUGGGUAGACGAGUAGUUGACAUCUUAAGGAAGAAAGGACUGCCAGUCCGAGUAUUGGUGAGAAAUGAAGAGAAGGCAAGAAAAAUCCUAGGCCCAGACAUUGACUUGGUACUUGGAGACGUUACUAAGGAGAGUACCCUGGUCCCUGAAUACUUCAAAGGAGUGAGGAAGGUCAUCAAUGUUGUUUCUGUCAUCAUUGGACCAAAAGAAGGAGACACUCCUGAUAGAGCAAAAUACAGUCAAGGAAUCAAAUUCUUCGAACCAGAGAUUAAGGGGGAUCCACCUGAGAAGGUGGAAUAUAUUGGGAUGAAAAAUUUGCUCAAUGCUGUGAAGAAGAGUGUUGGUCUUCGAAAUGGUACACUGAUAUUUGGCUUUGAAGAUGGCAAUUUUAAGGAACUUGCUUGGGGAGCUUUGGAUGAUGUUGUAAUGGGUGGAGUUAGUGAAAGUACAUUUCAGAUUGACCAAACCGGUGGUGAAAAUGGUCGACCAACUGGGAUCUUUAAAGGUGUUGUCUCCACCACAAACAACGGUGGUUUUACUAGUAUUAGAACAAAGAAUUUUACAGUACCCGAGGAUCUAUCUGCAUAUGAUGGUUUGGAGCUGCGCCUUAAAGGUGAUGGUCGACGUUAUAAAUUUAUGAUUCGGACUAGCAGUGAUUGGGAUGCUCUUGCUUAUACAGUAGGCUUUGAUACUGUAAAAGACCAAUGGCAAUCAGUGCGCUUGCCAUUUUCUUCUUUAAGGCCUAUUUUUCGAGCACAAACUGUAUUUGGUGCUCCUCCAUUUGACCCAGCAAAUGUUGUCUCAUUUCAGCUUAUGUUCAGCAAGUUUGAAUAUGAUGGGAAACUGAACCCGACGUUUGUGGAAGGUGCAUUUCAACUUCCAGUGUCAAGUAUCCGGGCCUAUAUAAAGGAUCCUAUAACUCCUAGGUUUGUACAUGUUAGCUCUGCAGGAGUUACUCGGCCUGACAGACCAGGAAUUGAUCUAAGCAAACAACCACCCGCCGUCCGCUUGAACAAGGAAUUGGGUUUUGUCCUGACAUUUAAGUUGAAGGGGGAGGAUUUGAUACGGGAGAGCGGAAUACCACAUGCAAUUGUGAGGCCAUGUGCAUUAACUGAGGAGCCUGCUGGAGCAGAUCUCAUCUUUGAUCAAGGAGACAAUAUCACGGGUAAGGUGUCGAGAGAAGAAAUUGCUCUUAUUUGUAUUGCUGCUCUGGAAAGUCCAUAUGCACUUGACAAGACAUUUGAGGUAAAGAGUGUCAUACCAUUUAACGAACCUUUUACAGUAGACCUUGAAAAUCCACCCCCAGAGAAGGACUACAAUAUUUACUUUAAGAAUUUGAAGGGUGGAAUUACAGGGAAAGAACUCCUACAACAAAGUCCCUUACCGGUCUGAUCUCAGAUGCAUAGCAGCCAUACAGCCAAUAGAGAAAAAGAGGAGAUGUUUGUAAUUCAAACACAUAAAUGAUGAUGGGCUGGAAAACUAUAGAUUUGUGUUUUAACUUUCUGCUAAUGUAAAUUCACUAUCUACACAGUUUUGGUUUUUCAAACGAAUGUAUAUAAGCCUCUGUACUAUUAAUAUUAAAAGCGUUACUUUGUAGCUCA